UCAGUCCACGACCGUUUGCCACGAGACUUCGAUCUCUGGUACGCAGGGCGCACGAAACCGAGAGAGAAAGAGAGAAACGCAUAGAGUUCUUGCGUAUACGGAAAAGAUAAACGUUUCGCAGUUAGAGAUAAACGGCCGGAUACGAAGCUUGUAUUCACGCGAAGAUAUACGCGGCAGAAAGAAAAGGACAACACUUAAAGACACUUCGCGCGCGCGCGCGCGAGAGAGAGAGAGAGAAAAAAAAAUAAUCGCCGACAAAAAACACCGGUGACGGAGAGGAAGAGAGAGAGAUAUAGUCGAGCGCGUCUCGUGAGAAAGACUGAAAAAAAGAGAGAGAAUAAAUAUUCACAAACGACGAGAAUUCAGCUUUUAAAGUCUACAUCGACGUCAUCGUCAUCGUCGUCAUCGUCGUCGUCGUUGUCGUCGUUGUCAUCGUUUCUUUCGUCCUCAUUGUCAUCCGUCGUCCUCUUCGUCCAGCGGCGAACCAAUAGUUGCCUAUCGCAGAUAAAGAUUAUAGAAGAAUUGUUUUGAUCGCUGAUCGUUGAUCACCGAGCAGCAAAAAAUGGCGGCUUUUGUGGCAAAGCAGAUGGUCGGCAACAAGCUGAAUGCUGUUAAAGGAGCGGUCGGUGGCGAAGGAGGAGACGAAGAUGACAAGGAAAAGGAGGAGGAGGCCGAAAGGGAAAGGCAAGAAGCCAUCAGGGAAGCCGAGGAGAGGAGGAAAGAGAAACACCGCAAAAUGGAAGAAGAACGAGAAAAGAUGCGACAGGAGAUCAGAGACAAGUAUAACAUAAAGAAGCGAGAAGAGGUCCAGGAAAUGCCGCAGGAAGAACCAAAUCCUUUGAUGCGAAAGAAGAAGACGCCAGAGGAAUUGGCGGCCGAGGCUGAAGCAGAGGACGAGGACGAGUUAACGAAAUUGAAAAACGUGAUAGAGACGCACGUGAUGGACAUCAAAACGCAAAUCGAAAGUAAGUGCAGCCUCCAAUGAGUCUACGGGAGUAUAACAGGGACGGCGAGCGCGACAUCGUGUGUCAUCGUAAUAGGAGACGAUGGGGUGGUUGGAAAAUGCGGAAGAGGAGUUACUGCUGGUGAAAUGAGUAGAGGAGGAAGAAGGGAUGAAGAAGUAAGGGGGAGGAAAUGAGAGAGAAGGUGCUGUCUUCGUCGCGUUCGCCGUACGUAGAUCGAUCCGAGCGUGUCGUCCAACCAUCGUUACUCGACCUUCGAAAAGAGAACGCUGAAUAGAGAGCGAAAGAGAGAGAAAGAAAGAGAAAGAGAGCGAAGGAGAGAGAAAGAAAGAGUGAGAGAGAAAGAGAGAAAGCUUAAGGUCGAUCGCGUUAACCUUUCGGAGGAAGAAAAGACAAGUGUUUCAAGUUAUUAUCCGAUCGAUCGUCUUUCAUCGAGGAAAAAAAUAAAAAGAGAAGAAAAAAAUGAGAAAAGGAAAAUAAACGAAAGUUUUGUUUUCUUUUGCUUAAUUUUUUUCUUUCUCCUCUCUCUUUGUUUUUUGUUCUUUUUUUUUCCUAUUUUUUGUUUUUUUUUUAUUGUCGAUGAGAGACAUCCGAUUUCAGUAGUAAAAGAUAUAUAUAUAUAUAUAUACAUAUAUAUAUAUAUAUAUAUAUAUAUAUAUAUAUAUAUAAAGGGCAAUAAAGUAUUGAGGUAGAAUAUAGUAUGAAGGUAGAAUUGUCGAAAACGAUCGUCGAUGGGCCUACGACAAAAAAAGAAAACGGAAACAAGAGUUGAAAAUGUGCGCGAACAAGUAAAAAGAAGACUGGAAGAGGAAAAUGGGACGACGGGAGAGUUCGAAAAAAGGCCUGUGUGGAAGAAGAAGAAAGAGAGAGCCCGUGAAGAAGACGGAUUCGACGAUUCGUUUACGGGUCACGUCUCGUGAGAAUUCAAAGAAGAGACGAAAGAAGAAAAAAACGAGAGAAAAAGAAAUAAAAAGACGUAGUCUAUGAUCGAGAUCGAUUACGAUGAAAAGAAUUUUCCUUCUUUCUUUCUUUCUUUCUUUCUUUCUUUCUUUCUUUCUUUCUCUCUCUCUUUGUUUCUAUCUUUUUUCUCGAAUUUUCUUAUUUUUCACUUUUGAAAAACGAACACCAGUUGACCAAGAUCGAAUAUAAAACAUUUUCGACUACGAAUAUCGAUUACGUAUUUUUCUAAGUUGAUCAAAUAAUGAUAGAAAAAAAAAAAUUCGUGAAGGAAGCAAUCUUUCUCUCUCUCUCUCUCUUUCUCUUCCUUUCUCUCUUUCUCUGUCUUUCUCUCUUUCUCUCUCUCUCUCUUUCUUUCUUUCUCUUUCUAACUCUCUCUCCCUUUCUCUCUCUCUCUCUCACCCUCUCUCUCUUUUCUCUUCUCUCACUCGGAAUCGUCAUAGACGAAUCGACGUUGCGACGCGAAGGUAAAAAAUGAGCUUAAAAAAGAAGAGGAAUGAACGAAUGGAAAGCACAGGAAAAAAAGGAAGAAGAGAAAAGCGGAAGUAUAACACGAGACACAUAUGUUAGUACCUAAGUUUCUAGUAAAUUUUUUGAAAAUGGUGGGUAAUCUGCCGGUAGAGAGAACAAUGAAACAAAUUAAAUUAAAAAAGAUAAAAAAAAAAUAAAUAAAAAUAAAAAAAAAUAAAACACACAAGAGUUAUGUAGUUGCUAGAUUUCGUGCGACACGGUUGUUUCAAUAAAUAAUGAAAUUAGGAACGAGAAGGUAGGGGGUUAAUAUUAAUUGAAGUAUUCGUAGUUAGCGACGAGUUAAGCCAUGAGGGAUCGAGGGCCAUGAACGAAAAGAGAAAGUCAAACGAGUGAAAGAGAUAAAAAUUAGAAGUGGAGAAAUGAAAAAAAAACAAACAUAUAGAGAAGAAAUGAAAAGCUAUUGAAAAUUGAAAAAAAAAAGAGAAAUAAGUGGAAAAGAUAAUGAAUCCGAACCGGCGGCCUUUGCUCUCCAUCCGUCCAAAUUAUGCGAUUUUUUUUUUAAUUAAAUAAGAAAGAGAAAAAUAGAAUGAGUUAAGAUCGAGAAAUAGAAUCUUCGGGCGUCUGAUAUUCUAUUAGAAAAAUGAAAAAAAAAAAUGAACUUUUUAGAUUUCGUACAAGAUGCGAGCAUAAACGUUCGAUAGAAUUUUUAUCUCGGAACGAGCGAGCAACGUCAAGUUUUGCUCGUAACGAUGCCUUUUCCUCAUUUUCUAUUAGAAUUCAAUAACUUAUUCGUAGCUGACAAAAAUUCUCUCUCAUAGUUAGGCAAACUCGUGGUUUUGAAUCCAACCGAAAAUAAAUGAAAAGAAAAAAAAAAAAGAUAACAAGUGGACGCGACAACCGGAGCAUUGACCGCCAGCUCGAAACGGAGAAAAAAGAAACAUGCGUGGUACUUGCGAUAUUUUUGUUCAUUGUUUUUUAAUCAGCGAGCGAGAAAAGUAGAAUAUGUUCUGGACGAGGAAGAAACGAAAGAGGAUUGAACGGCCAAGGGGAGGAAAGGUAAAGGGGGAAUUUAAAGGGAAGAACAAAAAAGAAAAACGCACCAAAAAAAAACAAAAAAGAAGUUAAAAAAUAUAGAAAAAAAUGACACAUGUAAAACCAGUUUUUCUACGGAGGAUGGAAGACAAAAAAUAUUUUUUUAUUUUCGAUGUCGUUCCUCUCAAUGUUACCCGAAGGAAAAAAAAAGAAAAAAGAAAAAGAGAAAAAACAUAGAAUGUUCGUUAAAAAAGAUAAUGAUUAAAAAAAAAAGAAAAAAAAAAGAAACGGACGCUCCCGAUCUGUCCUCGAGCAACAGUCUCUCCCUUUUUUUUCUUCUACUUUUCUUUUCUUUCCUCUCUCCUUAGAUACCUGUCCGCCGUCGAACUUCAUCGCAUAUACCGCAUGAUUCGCGAAGCAACGACCAUUUCCAAGCCUUAUGUUUUACUGCUUAUCGAAAAACGAAACUUAAUCCUGAUAGAUUCCCGACACGCGAACUGUAAACCGUACAAUACGUGUAUCACGCACGAUAAUGUAAAAACAAAAUCGAGGAAAAUAGAAGAAAACCAAAGAGAAAAAAAGAGAGAAAAGAUAUAACGUGACGUAGAUUUUUUCGGUGGUAUAGGAAUAAUAAAAAAAAAGCAAGAAAAGUAAAGAAAAACAAUGGAGAACGUUACUUGUUAAAUUAUGAGUUAUGUACGUAAGUCGUAAAGAAAAAAAAAAAGGAACGAAAAGAAAAAGAAUAUGCGUGAUCGAGAAAUAUAGAAUCAUAAGUCGAAGGGCCUUCUUUCCAAUAAAAAAAAAAAAAGGAAAAAAAAAGAAAAAAAAAGAUUAUUAAAAGAAAAAGAAAAAAGAAAAAAAAACACAGAAAAAGAAAAGAAAAAAAUAAGUCUUUCGAUGUUCAGAACGCGCAUGUUGGCUUUACGUGAACGUAGUUACGCUUGAAGAAAACAUAAACGAGUAAAUAGAUACAAAAACUACUUACGUGUUUCUCUCGAUGUAAUUAUAAACUAUCCGUGUCAACGUAAAAGAUGUACGCUCUUUUUGCAUGCACGCGCUUUCCUACUCUUACUCGUCGAAUGAAUUGAUGUUAUAGGACGGAGGAAAUAAUAAAUAAAUAAAAAAAAAAAUAUAACCGAUCGCAGAGUCUAAAGGUUAAAAGAAAUAAGAACGAUGAUUUUCGAACAAUACAAUUGACCUUUCUUUAAUUUUUCGCUAUUUGAUGGCGUUGAUUAAAAUACUUUCUUGAAAUAUUGUACGAUGUCAACAAAAAAACAAGAAAAAAGGAAAAAUAAAAAAAAUUAAGAUAACCGUAUAAACGUUCGGGGAAAUAAUCGAGUCAAAAGUUUUGAAGUAAAAUAGUAGGAGUAAAUUCUUUCGUUUCAGAAAAAGUUCGAAAAGUUUCAGAAAAAUUCGAAAACAGUACCGAUCUUCAUUUUAUAUAUAUAUAUAUAUAUAUAUAUAUAUAUAUAUAUAUAUAUAUAUAUAUAUAGAAUUCUCUCUCUCCCUAUUUCUCUCUCCCUCUCUUUGCUAUAUCGUUAGAGGGAGAGAAAAAAGAUAAAGAUUUCAAACGGGCUGCAUUUUUCCGUCGUCGGUAGUGACUCGGCAACUGUUUGUUCGUGAAAAACAAACCGAAAACUUUUCUACCAUCCGGGCUUUAAACUCAGUAGUAGUCGAUCUUUUACACGAUAAAGAAAGAGAGAGAGAAAGAAAGAAAGAAAGAGAGAGAGAAAAAGAGAGAGAGAGAGAGAGAGAGAGAGAAGGAAAAACUUUCGACGAAAGCUUAAAGCUCAUCCUCGAACGUGCCGACAUGGUUGCUCCUGAAAAUUCGAUUUUACACUCCUCGAGAUUUCCGGUCGCAUCGAUUUAAUCUACUUACAUACGUAUAAAUUUUUUUCUUUUUUCAUCUUUUUUUUUAAUAUUUUGACAAACAAUUCGAAAAAAAAAUUCAAUUCGUACGAUCUCCAAAAAUUUAAAAUUCAAUUCAAAACAAUUCCAAUUUCUUUCUAAUCUUAAUAUCUCAGUUAGUAAUUCGUUCAAAAAUAAUUAUGCAAUAAUUAUGCACUGCGAUCGAGAAAGAAAAUUUCCUUCACCUACUCUCUUUGCAUGUUUAUAUCUACCUUUACUUGUCAAUGUCAAUGUGUCUAUCUCUCACUGGCCGACUCUUAUGUUUCAUAAAAAGCUAUCAAUAACUUGUGUCGUCCAGUUAUUAAUAACACGAAAAAAAGAAAAGGAAAAAGAAAAAACAACCAUCGUGAAGAUUUGAAAACACCCAAGGCAGAUUGGAUAUUUACGCUCUCCUUCUCCUUCUUAUACGAUCGCAUUCCACAAAAGUGGGAUAUCGCGAAAUGGAAUUCGCUUCUAAAAGGAAAUCAGAAAAAGGAAAUGAAAAAAAGAAAAAGAAAUAGAAUGAAAACUCUAUUCGAAGAAGCAAAAGGAACUUCCACUUUCCACGUCCAUCGAACUCUUAAGAAUGGUCCAGAUGAUAAUCUCCCAGAUAGCUUCUCUCUCUCAGAUUUAACGAAAUCAGAUAUAUAUUAUAUAUAUGUAUAUACAUAUAUAUAUAUAUAUAUAUAUAUAUAUAUAUACAUAUAUACAUAUACACACACAUAUAUAUAUAUACACUUCAAGUCAAUUAUCGAAUCCAAAAGAUAUAUGUACAUUGAAAUAGAAAAAACGCAUACCUUUCUCUUGUGAAUUUUUCGAUAUAUCUAUGUAUGUAUUUAUUAUUAUUAUUCUUAUUAUCAUCAUCAUUAUAUAUGUAUGUAUAUUCAUUCGGCGUCAUCUAUAACAGGACGUACGAAAUUUUCCGGUUGUUUCGAAUUGAUCGAAAGCGAAAUGCAUGAUGCAAUUUCGAGCGUAUACAGAUUCAAAAUUGAUGGAUUUUAUGAAUAGAAUUUCGAUCGCUUCAGAUGAGUAUUCUCUCGUGAAAAUUUCUAAGCUCUUAGAUGCUUUCACUUUAACUUUUAAUCGUAUUCUCUCACUUUCUCUCUCUUUCUCUCUAUGUAUGUAUGUUUCUAUCUCUCUCUCUCUAUCUCUAUCUCUAUCUCUCUCUCUAUCUCUCUCUCUCUCUCUCUUUCUCUCUCUUUCUCUCUCUUUCUCUCUCUUUCUCUCUCUCUCUUUCUCUCUCUCUCUCUCUCUUUCUUUCUUUUCCUCUUUUACACACAUUUCCCUUGUCGUAAUAUUCUUCGUCUACUUGUACUCUAAUACAAAUAAUUAUGCACACAAACACAUAAACAAAUAUUCUUCUCUCUCUCUCUCUCUCUCUCUCUCUCUCUCUCUCUCUCUCUCUCUCUCUCUCUCUCUUUCUCUCUUUCGUGUCUUUCGAUGUAACAUUUCAAUGCGCAUGCGCUCUGCAGGCUGUUAUCAUCAUACUUCGUGUCUAUUGCCGUAAUAUCAUGUAAAAUAUCGAGGAAAGUUUUGACGAGUGAAAAAAAAUAAAUUAAGAUUAAAAUGAAAAGUAAUUUUGAAAUAUAACUAUCUUGAAUUAAAAAAAAAAAACAUGUCAAUGUUCUCUUUUUCAAUAAUUUAAUCUUUUUGAAUAAUUAACGUUUUAUUUAAUUCAACUCGCGGUUGCUCAAAGGACUGAGAUUUUAUCAAAACGAAAUAAAAAAUCCUCGAGUAGUAUAAUUUAAUUAACCAAAUUCUUUGACACAAGUCGAACACGCCAUUAUUCAGAAAGCUUUCUCGUAUGUUGCUGAAGAAAAUUUCAACAACGAUUUCGCGAUAUAUAAUUUCAUUCCAACUCGUAAAAACAGCGUAACUGUUAUCUUUAUCGGUUCUACACAUUGAAUACAACUCUUUUAACGAGUAUACAAAUCCACAUUGUUUUGAUUGAAUUUAAAAUCUCGGAUUAUAAACAUAAUUCUCAAUGAAGGAACAUCAAUAAAAAAAUAUUUUUACUUCGGCCUGGAUCAAGGAGAAAAGUGAAGAGACCAAGAGACUUAAUUAAAGAAUAAUAAUCGGGAAAAUUAUUAUUACUAUUAAUAUUAUUAUUAUUAUUAUUAUUAUUAUUAUUAUUAUUAUUAUUAUUAUUAUUAUUAUUAUUAUUAUUAUUAUUAUUAUUAUUAUUAUUAUUAUUAUUAUUAUUAUUAUUAUUAUUUCAACAAGAGUCGUUCGAAAAAAAAAGAAAAAACUCGUCAAAGCUUUCUUAAAAAACAAUUCUUCUCCGAUCUUUUCGUGUUUCUCGUUCUAUGAAACUGUCAACUCUUCGGAAGAGUCGGCUAAAAAUGUAUAACCAAAAGGGAGUAUACUUUUCCAUCUACGUGUUCUUAUUUGUUAAGCUCUUCUUCUUCGACACGCUUGAUACGACCUUUGUAUUUCGUACUUCUAAUUUCACUUAGACUAAAAAGUAAAUAGAAGAGAGGAGAUAAAAUCGAAUAUAACGAAAGGAACAAAAAAAUAAACGAGAAAGAAGAAGAAGAAAUAGAAGAAGAAGAGAAGAAGAAAAGAGAUCGAUCUUAUACCGCUAUCUACACCGUUAUUGUUAAUUAAUGUCGUGUGUCGUUGUGUUGUAUCUUGACAAGAAAAAAAAUCAAUAAGUGUUUCUAUCCGUAAAAAAGGUUUCUUCUUUACUUCGAGCUCGUUAAGAAGAAACUUUUCGACGAUACUGUCACGGCGACAAAAAUCGAUAAGAAAAAAAAAUAAAAUAAAACAAAUAAAGAAAAAAAAAAGAAAGAAAGAAAGAAAAAAAUGACAAACUUGCAUAAACAAAAGAAAGUAAUAACGAUAAUAAUACUAACAAUAAAAGAAUUUUUCAAGUUUUAAAGAUGACGUUCUAAAAAAGCACCGUGACGAUCGGCUGAAUCACCUUUUCACUUUCGACCUACUUUCAUCGCACGUUUUCAACCAAGAAACAAACAAAAAGAAAAAGAAAAAAAAACAAGCCGGUCGAUUUUACUCUUAUGCUCGUUAAAAAAAAAAUCUAUCGGAAGAGAAGAAAAAAGAAAAUUGACAAAUUCUACGUUCCCCCUAUAGCAUUAUAGAACUUUCCGAUAGCUUAUCACCUAUCGCAAUAAAAACAAAACGAAAUACCUUAAAAAAAAAAGGUAAAAUAGGGAAAAAAGAGAAAAUACUAAAAGCAAAAAGAAAAUAAUAAAUAAAAACGCGGUCCAGGACAGAAGUCGGAAUUAUUCUCUAAGAAGCAUCAAGUUGUAUAGCUCGAUAAUUUCACCGACAACACGAAAUGUCAACUUUCUCGAAUUCGAUUCGAAGAUCGUGUUUCGGGGAAAAUUACACAUUUUCUUCUUUCUAAACACGCUAGUUUUCCUUCGCGAUCGUCAUAAUCUAAAGUAAAAAGAGGAAGAAGUGAAAUAAAAAAAAAAAAAUAAAGAAAGGAAAAGAGAAAGAAAUAAAUCAAAAAAAUUUAUUACAUCGUUCGUCACGAAAAAGUUAUAUAUACAUACACAUACGUCUCUGUUUGUAUAUGUGUAUGUAUGUUUGUGUGUAUACGUGUAUUAAAUCGAAAAAUGGCUUGAAUUGCACGUGCUUUUAUAUUAGUUCGAUGUGGGGAAACCCGCACGAAACCGCUAUAGUUUUAUUCGCGAAUCGAUGAUAAAUAACAUGCACUCGAGGCUAUUUUAAUAUGGAAUUUUACAAAUACCUGCCGUCAAACCGGUCGAUUGUACAACUUUUAUAUUUUCGAAGCGAGGUAAUCAGUUAAAAUAUUAAUUAUUGCCUCAGCUAAUAGGUUUUUCAACUUUUUUCGCAGUUCGUUUUCUAUUUUCUUUUUCUUUUUUUCCUUUUUUUUUCUUUUUUUUUUCUUUCUUUACAUCGUCUCGUAAUAAUUGAAAUUGAGCGUACCCAAGAUGCAAGAUCGGUAAGGCACAAGAAAAAAGAGAAAAGAAACGAACGAUUUCUCGAUCUUCUCGACUCUACCAUCAUUUUCUCGAUUUUGAUCAUUUUUCUUUUUGUUUUUCUUUUUUUCUCUUAUUAAAAUUACAACGACGACGAUUUCAUUAUCACCAUCAGUACUAAUACACUACUUACUAUAUUUUCCUCUCUCUGUCUCUAUCCUUUGUAGUUCUUACUUCAGCCACCCUAAGCCUUCACGCGGCACGUGGCACGUGAUAUUGAAACAAAUAAGUAAAUAAACAAAACAAAAUAAAGAACAUAACAUAACAUAACAUAACAAAACAAACAAAAAAAAAAGAAAUAAGAAACAAAUAAUAAAAAUAAAAGACAUACCUUUAAGCCUGCUUGAUUCGUAUUUGUAGAUUACGCAAUCAAGUGAGAGGCUAAUUUUUAGAAAGAAAAUGAGAAUAAGAAAAUAACAUAUGGCGGUUUGAUGAUACUCGAGGCGUUUCACCUUCGACGAAUUUCGUUUAUUGGAAAUUUUUCUUUGUGCCAAGCUUCGAUACUUUUCAAAAGGAUCGAUCAAACUUCCUGUUAAAAAAAAGAAAAAAAAACAGAAUGAAAAACAUGCGAAAAGAACGCAAUGAAUUUUCGUCGAAGGAGCAACGCAAUAUGUUAAUGACAUCGCUUAGAUAUUUUAUUAAGUAGAUUUGAAAAUUACGAAGAGGGUUUAAAAAGAAAGACGAAAAAAAAAAUUGAUAAAGGGUUAUAGUGAGAAGAAAAGUUAGGUUGAACAUGCGCCGAAGUGUUAAGAUUAUUGUACUAUUAUUAUAAUUAUUAUGAUUAUUAUUACGAUAGGUGUUUCGUUCUUUUAUCAUGUAAAUAGUCACUACGAGCACCAGCGCGACCAGCGUUUUAAUAUUAAAUGACGUCUUAGGGAUUAUUCAACUAUGCGACUUGCGAUGACGAUAAGGGAUGAAGAAAAAAAUAUUAAAAUAAAAUAAUGGAAAGCGAAGAGAGAAGAAAAAAAAAGAUAUAUGAAAAGUGAUAAUGAACAAAAAGUGCAUUUCGUAUUCCUCGACAUUCCGAAUUUUGUCUUCGUCUUGAUCAGAAUUUUAUCAAAAUAAGGAAAGAAAAAAAAGGGAAACGAUAAAUUAGUGAAAAAAUCUGAAUUUUUUUAACGAAGAAAAUUUUCUGGGUGUCGAUCGGAUAAAAAAGAAAACAAAAUGAAACAAAAGUGAAAGAGGAAGAAGAAAAUAUAUUAAAUUAUUACCGGCGUAACUUUGCAAUAUACCGAUUUGACUAAUUCAAAGACAACGACACAACGCAUUAUAAAGUAAUAAUUGAUAAACUUAAUUAGCGAUUGAUGUAACGUUAUUACAAGGAUUAUUCUCCUAUAAGAGAAUUACAAUGAUGAUAAUGAUGAAUUAUUAUGAUGAUGAUAACAAUGAUAAAUGAUGGUGAUGAUUAUGAUCAUUAUUAUAUAUAUUAUACAUAUGCAUAUUAUAUAUAUAAAAAAAUAUAUAUAUAUAAAUAUAAAUAUAUAUGCGUGACACAGAAUAGAAUUACGACAGAGGAAAACAAAAAACAAUAAAUAAAUAAGAAACAAGACAAAAAACGUUAGCUGUCGAGGGACUAUGAAGAUUUGUCCGAAAAACAAAAUGAAAAUAAAAAUGAAAUAAAGAAUAACAGGAAAUAAAUGGAUUGCGAUAAAAUAAAAGAACAUAAAAACAGGUGUAAAUUCAAUAGGCUUAACUUAUCAAAAGAAAAAAAGAUUUCUAGGAUUGAUACGGGCCAGCUUUUUCAUGAGAAAGUCAUAGAAGAGAGAGAGAGAGAAAAAAAAUAGGGUGAAAGGUCGAUUCAGAAAGAAGAAUAAAAAGAUGACACUGUUUUUUUGACUGCCACUUUCGAUAGGAACAUUCUGUAACGUGUUUACCAUCUUCGAGCGGACUUGUGCGAUUUUUUGGGUGAUGAUAAUAAUAAUCGUCCAAAAGUUUUUUAUACUGAACUGAUAGAUCCGAUAGACCGUUUUACGUGAAAAAGAGAAAUGGAUGAGGAAUGAAUAAAUCAAAGCGAUCGCUCGUUCUUUGCAACGUUCAUAAAUAUACGCAAACAUGUACUUAUUUACUUAUAUAUUAUUGUAUUUGUCACCCUGUAUCCUAUUAAACGUAUUGAAUCGAUGUUUCUUCUCCUAACACAGAACAACCUUCUAAAGAUAGGAUAACACAAAAAAAGAAAAAAAAGAAAAUAUUCAAAGAAGUGGAUAGAACGAACAGAACGAGUGAUCGAGCGAAAAAUGCGCAUUUCGAAAUUUGUUGAACCAAGAAGCAAUAUUACGAAUGCCUGUAAUAAUAAUAAACGUUAUUAUAUGGAACCUUUUAACCAAAAAGCAAAGAACUGACCAGCGAGCGAAGCACGACAACAAUGCGUAUAUAGAUUCUAUAAGCAGUGUAAAGUUUAAGGUCCGAUAUACGCGUAUUACGAAUAAAAAUGAACAAGAAAAAUGAGAAAACGAAGAAAAAAAAAAGAAACUAACACACGCAGCCUGAGUCGCGACACAACGUACAGACAACGAUACACAUAUUCACUUACGUACAUGCACACACACACACACACACACAGAAAUAUACAAAUAUACAAAAUAUUUUCGGUGUUCCUUCACGCAUCUAAUCUUAAAAAAAGGAUAAUACUAAUACUAUUAUUAAUAAUAAUAAUAAUUAUAAUUAUAAUAAUUAUAAUAAUAUAAUAAUAAUAAUAAUAAUAAUAAUAAUAAUAAUAAUAAUAAUAAUAAUAAUAAUAAUAAUAAUAAUCACAACACACAAAGAAAAGAAGAGGAAAGUACACCGACACGAAACACGACGAGUAUAUAUCGCGACAAAAGACCAAGAAACACGUAAAAAUCAGUGAUGCGCAUGCGCGCGCGCGCGUUGAUUAUAAAUACAAGAAAAACAAUAAUGAAACACGAUGAAAGUCCCUUCAUUCGUACGUGUAUAUGCUGUGCUUAGAAAAAUAAAAAAGCGAGAUUGAAAGUACACUUUCGGUGGAAAAGAAAAAUAUCUAUGCUCAAGUAUAAUUUUCUUUCUUUUUUCUCUUUUCUUUCUUCUAGUUUCAUUUUUUUCUUCUUCGUUCCGCUAAUUGAUUGUCAACGAUAAUUACGAAUUGUAAACGUUCGAGAAAGACAAACGAAUCCUCGGUAGGAGUUCGAUAUUUCGGGACUUCUUCGUAAGGAAUGAAUUGUCCAAAUAUGUAACUUUUUGAUCGACGAUCAUGGUCUUUCGGCAUGCUCUAAAGAUCGCACGAAGCUUGCUCGCGCAAAGACAAGUUAAAAAAACAACGAGAUUUUCUCGUAGGGAAAAGAAACAAGAAAAAAGAAGAAAAAAGAAGUAGAAAAAUGAGCGAGGAUUGGACGCGAGUAGCAGGAAGAGUGAAUGAGACUGAGGGUAUAGGAAAGAGAAAAAAUAAUAAAAAAAAAAAUAAAAGAACAGUAAGCGAAAAGAGGGUAGAGAGAUUAAGAUAUUAAAAAAAUAAUAAUAAAUUCCCUUGUAUAAAGUAGUGAGCGUAGUGGCUAAACCAGCAAAUAAACCGAUACAAAACAAAACAAAAAUUACUGAAUUAUUGAUACCGGAAAUUACACAAACGAGUUUGUUGUUGAACAUAAUUAUAUAUUGUAUAACAUUUAAGUAAUAACGCGUACAUACAGAGGAAUAACGUAAAAGAUGCGAAAAAUAAAAAAGAGAGAGAAGAGAAAGCGAAAGAAACGGUUGGAGACGAAGGAUUGAAAAGGAUGACGAUGAUGAUAAUAUUAUAUAUACAUAUUGUUGUUAGAUAUAUACAUAUUAUAUAUAUAUAUAUAUAUAUAUAUUGAUAUAAAAAUGAAAUAAUUUAGGCGUUAAACAGCGACUCAUUUAAACGUAUAUAUUUACGCGUACACAUGCGAACAAAUACACAAACACUGUUCCUACACACAUGUAUAAACUUUCAAAAAAACAUUUUAAAAAUUAUCAUUCAUUUAACACUAAUAAUGAUGUACCCUAACAACAUGUUACACUGAUAACAUAUACGUACAUAUGUGUAUAUAUACAUACGAUAGUAAAUACAAAUAUGUAUCUAUAUGUACGUAUAUGUGCACAUAAAAAAAAAGAAAACAAUAUAAACAGACAGACGACCCAAAAAAAAUAUUACACAACAUGAAAUUCAACACGACAUGCGAAUUUUUUUUUUCUUUGUAGCUAUCCGCGCGUAGAGAGGGAAGGGGACGCUCGUAAUCAUUAAAAAAAAAAGAAAAAGAAAAAAAACAAAGAAAGAAAGAAGGAAAGAAAAUGAAGAUAAAACAUUAACACAUUGCUAAGUAGUAACAUGGCUCAUUUUAACGUGAAAAAUACAAGGAGACCUACUUUUUUGCCAUUCGUUGCUCAUCUUGACCCUUAAAACGAUGUAUUUACGUGAGUGCGAAAGAGGAAGACAGAGACAGAAAAUAGAAAAGUUAAAAAAAAAACAAGAAAAGAUAAAUAUCAGGAAUUUCGCGUAAGCUCUAACUAAAACGAGUCGAAGAGCUUUUUUCUCCGAUGUCGAACUUCUUUUACCUUCGGUCAAAGAGAAGAUGAAAACCAACAAAAAGAAUCGCAAUGAAAAAAAAAAAAAAGAGAUAGUAAAAGGUUUCGACUUUUGCGUAGGAUCGCGUUUUAAGAGUCAAAAAGGAGCCUGUUACGACUCGCCGUUUUAAAAAGUCGGAUCGGAAUCUAAAAAGCCAUAAACGAAAGACGUAAACGUUAGAGGUGAAAGAACAAAAGCGAGAAAAGAAAAAAAAUAGUAUAAUAUAGGGAGAACGUGAAAAAGAGAGAGAGAGAGAGAGAGAGAGAGAGAGAGAGAGAGAAAGAGAGAGAGAGAUGGGAAGAAAAAGAGAGAUACAGAUAGAAAUAGAAAUAAAGAUAGAUAGAUAGAUAGAUAGAUAGACAGAUAGAUAGAGAGAGAGAGAGAGAGAGAGAGAGAGAGAGAGAGAGAGAGAGAGAGAGAGAGAGAAAUAGGAAAAUAACGAGACGAAAGUGAGGACAAAAGGGGAAAAAAACACGAGCUCUCCCCCUUUCUUACUUUAUAAAACGAAAGACUCGAUGGCAUUAUUAUUUUCGCUUUUUUCACGUACCGAGAGGGAAAGAAAUACGACGAUAGAAUAUAGAAGCGAGUAAAAACGAAUAAAAGGGAUGGGAGGUUGUAGAUGAGAAAUAAAAAUACGAUUAACACAAGUUUCGGGGCGCGCCUCGCCGUUAUAGCUCUUAAUAUAAAAAGAAAAAAAUAAAACAAAAAAAAUAGAAAAAAGAUAAGAUAGCGUCAUUACGACUAAUAAUUAAAGGAAAAAAUGAAAAUAAAAAAAAUGAAGUAAAUCAUUAAGCAAGAUUAUGCGUUUAUGUUAUUUAGUUCUAACCACUGAAAUGAGAACAAAAAAAUGUAAUAAAAAUCAAUCAUGUUACCAAA